UUAUAAUAAGGUCGUGACCAAAGCCACGCCCCUAGUUGGGUAGCUUUUCCUGCGCGGUCACGUUGCGUUGCGGCAUUGAAACGGGAGGCUGUCGACAGUACGACAUCUUUUGCAUCACUCUCUCCUAAAAAGGUUGCUUUGAGCCUCACACAUCAUGACGCACCAGUACCCCGCACUCACAACUGAGCAGAAGAGGGAGCUGCAGGACAUCGCUCAGCGUAUCGUAGCUCCUGGGAAGGGCAUCCUCGCUGCAGAUGAGUCCACAGGUAGCAUGGCAAAGCGACUGAACCCCAUCGGCGUUGAGAACACAGAGGAAAACCGCCGUCUGUACCGCCAGAUCCUUUUCUCUGCUGACGAGCGCAUGGACAAGUGCAUUGGUGGUGUCAUCUUCUUCCAUGAGACCCUUUACCAGAAAGCUGAUGAUGGCACACCCUUUGCCAAAAUGAUCAAGGACAGGGGCAUUGUUGUGGGAAUCAAGGUUGACAAAGGUGUUGUCCCUCUGGCAGGAACGAAUGGAGAGACCACAACACAGGGGCUUGAUGGCCUGUCAGAACGCUGUGCUCAGUAUAAGAAAGAUGGUGCAGACUUUGCUAAGUGGAGGUCUGUGCUGAAGAUCAGCGAGACCACUCCUUCAGAGUUAGCCAUCAUGGAGAACGCUAACGUCCUGGCUCGCUACGCCAGCAUCUGCCAGCAGAAUGGGAUUGUGCCCAUUGUUGAGCCAGAGAUUCUGCCUGAUGGGGAACACGACUUGAAGCGCUGCCAGUAUAUUACAGAGAAGGUCCUUGCUGCCUGCUACAAGGCCCUGUCUGAUCAUCAUGUCUAUCUGGAGGGGACUCUUCUGAAACCCAACAUGGUGACAGCUGGACACUCCUGCCCCACCAAAUACAACAGUGAGGAGAUUGCCAUGGCGACAGUGACAGCCUUGCGCCGUACCGUUCCCCCCGCAGUAACCGGUGUGACUUUCCUCUCCGGAGGUCAGAGUGAGGAGGACGCAUCCAUCAACCUGAACGCCAUCAACAACUGCCCUCUGACGAAACCCUGGGCCCUCACCUUCUCUUAUGGACGUGCCCUGCAGGCCUCUGCCCUCAACGCCUGGCGCGGAGUUAAGGAAAACGAGAAGGCUGCCACAGAGGAGUUCAUCAAGCGUGCUGAGGCUAAUGGAUUGGCUGCUCAAGGCAAGUACAUCUCCUCUGGAACCGAUGGAUCAGCAGCACAGUCCCUCUACGUGGCCAAUCAUGCCUACUGAACAUCCUACAUCCUAUCGUUCAAGCUUCUGCCAGCCAAUAGUAUAGUGCACAGCUGCUACCCUUCCUGUCACCAACCAAUCACAGGCCUGCGCUGACAUCUGUACUUUAGGGUUGUCAUUACAAUGUCUCAUAAUGUCUCUAUUUAAAAUGUAUGAAACUUUAGUAUUGGAGAGGAGAAAUAGAAAGGUACAAAGGAUAUUAUUUUUUAUUUCUGAAACAUUCUAGGCGUGAUUUCUUUAGAAAAAGAAAACAUUACUGGUUUUAAAUGGAUGUAUAUGUCAGGAAUUCCGUUUUUAUUAUUCCAACAUAAGUCAUUCCAAUGAGUUAACUUGUCACAUUCCUAUCAGUGCAGGAUGACCUCAUUGGUCUUAACGGUGAUGUGUGGAAGAUGUGAAUACUGAGUCCAGAUCAAUGUGUGCCAGCAGGGGCAGUUUAUCAUAAUUUGGAAUGAAAUGGAGUAAUAUGUAAUUGCUAGCUAUAAAAUAACUCCACCAGACUCUAAAAAAUAUUUUGUGUUGUGUUCACAUAUAAUAUGCAUUGUUUGGGUUGUGUGAUUAUGGUUCAAGAAAUUAAAUAUGAAGUACUAACAAUAUUAGUUUGAAAAGGACCAUUAUUUUGAAUCUGUGCUCUGUUGUGUUUGAGUGUGCUUGAGUGUAUCAUGCCUCUCCCUCUCCUCCCUGUAUUUGUGACGCAGCGCUACAUGAAUAAUAUCUUCUAUUGGCUGUAAACGGCAGAGCAGACCAAACUGUGGAGCUCCUGGGGAGGUUAGCUCUCACUGCUCUGUUGACAAAAUGUGAUAUUGUGAUUUGAUGUUCUCUAAGCACUUUGUGUCAGAUAGUAAAACCUAAAAUAAAGUACUGUAAACCCCUA